AAUCCGAAUGGGAAGAAAGUUAGACCGAAGAACAAGUGCGGCAUUGAUGACUUAGGGAGACGCUGAAGGGCGCACUUGUUUUGUGCGGUAACGUUGUUUCAGAGCAUUGACGACGGAACGAAGAGCUCAGUUAUGUUUUUGGAACAUUAGCGGUUUUUGUCUUUCGCCACCGGCCAUGUUUCCUGGCUCCUUGGGUCUGUUUUCAUGAGCGGCUCGUCCAUAGCAGAAAAAUGCAGGAACCAGAUUUGGCGGAAAUGCCUAGCAGUGUAGGAGUCUCAAACUGGACUUUUUUAAAGCAUUUGUCAGCAGAGGUGUACGCCCUCUCGCUCCCUGAGACCACCGAGGGGGCUGACGGAUACCACCUCAGCCAAAACCUUCCCAGUGAGGAUGGCGACGGGGGAAAUGAUGAAGCCUCUCCGGACAGCCUUCCCGAUGCUUUUGCUGCAGAAGCUGGUAGCACUUGGGGGGAUUUUGAAGGUUUCAGUGAGGUCACGUCGGAGAACCAGAGCCACAUCCCAGCGUCCUUGGAGAAUUUAAAUGGAGAGCAAGCUUCUACAAAAGGCACAGAUGUCAAUGAUAAUCACUGUACUACCUCAUGUGGGCACGUCUCUUUCCAAACCGCUGGACAGAACGGAGGAGAGGUUUUCCCUAAUGUUCUGAUGAAGGCUAGCCUCAGCUCUGAAGAUGUUAUUAAACUGAGCUUUCCAGAAGUUCCUGUACCACAAUUCUUGGAGAACAUAAGCAGCUUGAAUCAGAUGCUCGGUACAAACACCGAAGACGUGGGCGUUCCCGAACAUGCAAAAAUGCAACCUUGCACAGAUUCUGGGAGCUUGUGGAAACUUCUUACUCGUGCCAGGAACCCUUCUGGUUUGAGAUGUCCUUGGAAUGAUUCUCAUUGCCAGGAAAACCUUUUAGCUGUUCUUGGAGUAGAUGCUCAUCAAAAGGUCCUUCCAGAAGGCAACGAUGACGUUCUGGAGAAAAGCAACAUUAAAGAAACUGAAGAUUCUGACAUUGACAAGUUCAACAUUAGCAACUGUAAAGCACUCAUUCAAACCAAGCUUUCUGCCUCUCCUGAUCCAAAGCAGAGCCAUCUCUUUACUUACAACCUGUUCUUGAAGAAGACCCCGUCCACCGGGAGCCCGCAAUACAUAACAGUUCCCCAAAAGAAGAGGAUUUUUACGACGCAAAACCUGAAGAUGAAAAUGUUUAGCAGCAAUGUCUGCUAACGCAAACCAUAUUCCUGUCGUUUGGCAACUUAAAAGAACACCGUGUAUUGCAUUACUGGUUCGGUAAUUUCCUAUUAGAACUGUUUCUCGGGGAAGAAAAAGCACUUCAGCCGAUUGUUUCACUUGACUCUACGGACAGGAGAUGUUGGGUCAUCAGGCAAGGCCGGUGGUGAUAAACCCGACCAGAGUGCUGCAGGAAACUCUUGUCUUUAAAGGCAGAGAAUAUGCAAAACUCCUGCUAUUAUGAGCCAUCUUUUGUGGGCUGAAUGGCUUCCCCACCCCCCACCCCAAAAAAACUUUUCUAUGUCCCAGAUUAUAGUGUGUGUGUGUAAUUACGGUUUGUGUCUUUGUUACCUCUCCCCCCGCAGUCUAUCCCUGGCUGCUUCUAGUACCUGUACAGUUGGCCUGUCUACUCCCAGGAAGGCACUGACAGGCCGUUUGGUUGCACUGGUCUCGUCCCGUUAUGGUUACUGAGUCUCCACUAGGAUAACUGGGAGAUGUAAGCAUCUCUUCCUCCCCAGCCCCACUUCCAUUUUCUUUCUUGAUUCACACACGAAUGGCAGUUCCGUGCCGUGUAGCUUCUCAGGACCUUCCAAGAAUGGUCUGUAUGUCAAGAGUAGAGGGGUGGCCGUUGGCGCUGACUCAAUGUCCCCUCUAAGCUGUGGAGUCUUGUGAGCAAAAAUUUUACUUUGUGAGCU